AUGGUUGUAGCGGGCAAGAAGGUCAAGCUCAGGGAUAAGAACGGCAAGGUGGGAGCAAAGCCGAAGGUGAAAAAGAGUAAGGAUCCGGAAGGGACGGACGAUCAGACGACUGUCUCCGAAUCAACCGCUCCUGGUAGUCCUUCUCUGUCGGUAAAGCAAGACCAGGAGUCGGGCACUGGUCAGGCCUUAUCAUACCUCGAGUACAUAUCAACAUCCGACAACGAAGGCGAUAUUGCACGACUUGCCAGUCCUGAUCGCGUGGCGAGCAAGAAACCCACAGUGGAAGACGAGAAAACUGACCCUGAAGUGCUCACAUUGCCACCCGUGGACGAACUAAGUUCGUCAACGCCGCUCGAGGAUGGUAUCGAAGGAAAACAUAUAUCAGAGCACCAGAAACAGAGCUCGGAACGCUUUCCGUCAUCACCAGCUGCUCCGUUCUCUCCAAUCCCGGCUUUGGUGCCAUUGCCGUCACCAUCCUUGACCGAGGCACGGUUUAUGCACAACCCUUCUCCAGAGAAUCACUUCUCUCACCCGCCGUAUCCAGGCUUUGUGGGCUACCCAGCACCAAGAUAUAGCAGCCCGCUUGCAUAUUCUCAUAUACCUCGAAUGUCACGCGGUAUGUCUCCAUACGGAACACCGCCGCCACCAGUACCGUCAAUGGCAGGGACGGUGGUCCCUACAGUACCACCCUCGAUUGCACCUGUUCUGCAUUCUCCUGCGAUGAGUUCCAUUGGUGUCGUACCUUCAUAUGCCCCUUCUUCUCGUACCCCGCCACCUCCCGAAUCGCACUUCCCGUCUCGUGCCUACAGCUACCCCGACCCGUCUUAUACCGCGGCGUUCCCAGCGAUGCGGGAUUUAUCUCUCAGCCAUGUACACGAUAACGGGGCCAUCUCACCACCAGAGAAUGAAAGUGAACACAUUGAACUUCUCCAGCGGAUCCAAUCUGCGAUCCCCGAUAUCAACCGUCUGGUGCAUGGGUUCAAAACCACGUACAGCAAACUGUCGAGUCGCGAAGCCGAGAUCAAGCAUAUUAGAAACCAACACGAGCAGGCACUGAUGCACAAGGAUUUCUAUAUUGAAGCCCUGCAGGCACAGAUGCGAAAGACGGCCAACGAAAGUGCUGCAGAAUGCGCCAGACUGAAAAACACGGCCGAUGAAUUGCAUCUGGAACUAGAGGACCUCUAUGAGAGAGAGAAGAGUCUUUCGGAUGGUUUGGCGACUCAGCAAAAGUCCAACGAGGAGCUCUCGCAGUCUAACCUCGGCCUUGAAGCGCAGAUAACCAAACUCAAUAUCCUUAUCCAGGAAACGCAGCAUGCUCAUGAGAAGGAGAUGGAAAAGCAGCAAAGGGAACGAGACGAGGCUCUUGCAACACAGAAACAGGAGCUGACCGAGUUAUUUGAGGAAAUCAAGAACGAGGAUGAAAAAACGGCUGCAGAGGCACUGGAGACUCGCGAGAAAGAGUUAUUCGACCAACAUGCGACCAACAGGGGUGAAUGGGAAAAGGAGAAAGCACAAAUAACAUCAUUACUGGAAUUCGAGCGCAACAAUAUGGAGAGUACCAACGCAGAACUCACUGCAAAGAUUGCAGAGUGCGAGUCCAAGAAGACUGAGCUGGAGGCAACUUUGGCUGAACUCAAGACGACUCGCCGCGAAUUGACGGCUGAGCUGGCAGCGAAACAGAAGGAAUUGGAAGAAACCAAUGUGACCAAGACAAGAGAUCUGGAGGCACUCCACCAAGGCCAUGCUGGUGAACUGGAAUCCUUACGACAGUCCCAUGAAGAGGAUCUUGCUGCUGCAGCCGAGGAAAUGGAAGACCAUAUCACGUCCCUAAAAAUUAACUUCAGGGAGCAAGAACAGCAGUGGGCUGAAGAGCGCGCUGUGCUGGAGACGUUGCUCUCUGAAAAAGACCGCGAGGUUUCGAGUAUUGAGCGAGAAAAGGAGAAAGUCGAGAUGGAGAUGCGAUCGACCAUCGACCAUCUCGACAAGGACUGUGACAGACUGAGAAAGACGCUUCACGGUCUGGGAGAAGCCACCGAUCUCAAAAACACAAAGGGCGAUCAAUUCUUGUAG